UCUGAUGGAAUGGCGGAGCGGAAUUAGACGGGCUGAAUGGCCUCCUGCUAUUCCUGAGUUUCCAGUCCAAAACGGGACAACAUCGGACUGGGAGGGAACGCGAAAGGAGUUUGGAAUUUGCACCGGGAGCAGACCAUUGAAUUAGAUGUGGGGAGAGUCUGGAUGGCCCCAGUGAAGCGUUGCUGUCUCAUAUUGCUUCAUUUGUUGGGAUUGUUGUGUGAAUAAUCCGGAGACCGGAAUACUGGAGCUUUCAGCACCUGUCACAGGGGGAGUCUUUCAGCUGCCAGUUGCUGUGUUCAAGCCCGAACACUCCAGCCUUUGGGAAGCGGCUCUCUCGCAUUCCUGUUCCGACCAGUUCCUGUUCACGCCGCUGAAUUGGAAGAUGUGAUUUUUUAAAUAUUUAUAUUCCUGCUCUGUCCGAAAUCGCUCAGAGUCCGUGAUCCUGCCGGUGUGUCACGCCAAACUUCUCUCCGUCCCCGGGGUUCCGGGCCCCGGGACUGCUGCAUCCCGUUCGAAGAGCCCUUUUCUCAAGACGGGACCAGCCCGUGAAGUUGAAGUUGUGGGAGAAUCGGAGGAAUGGUGGCUGUGGAGGGAUGGGUAGCGGCUAAAGCAGGAGCAUAUCACCCGCGCUGUGGCACCCCACUGAGCGCCCACCGGGAGCUGAGAGGCUGUAGGGGUAGCGGGCAGUCUGGUGCUCAGGCUGCAGACUGCAGGAGGAGAAGAGGACGCAGCCCCCAUUCAUUGUCAGUGGGAGCCGGAGGACAGUUCCAGGGUUAGGCAAAGCCAGGCAACCAGCUAACUUUACCGUGCCUGCCAACUCUCCAAGAUUCAACCCCGGCUUUGCAGCCGCUCCAAGACUUUGUUUGAUCCGGAUAACAAGACUAUUUACCGGCUAAAGGGGCUGGGUGCCCUCCCGGAACCUGAGGGAAGGGAUUAGACAGACAGAGGGAGGGGGGGUGCAGAGCCGGACUGGCUGCUCCAGCCUGUCCCCGGCAGCUCAAUGUCUGAACACACGGCGCCCCGAUGCAUCUGAUAGCAUGCCCCGGAAUCCCAGCGAGGAGGGCGGCCUCUGGAUGGAAAGCGCAGCGGGAGGAGGGGGCAGAGUGGAGUUUGUGGGGAUGAGUGAUGUGGAAUCGGGGCUGAGCCCCGGGGCAGAGUCUGGCCACAUCCGCGACGGAGUGCUCCUGAUCAGCGGCUUGGACAGGGCUGGAUACCGCGGGCCGGCUCAGCAGGGGAGCCGCCUCAGUCUGCUGGACAAACCGUUAGGGAGAGGCUACUGUCCCCGCAGGAACGUGCGUUACAGGAGACUGCAAAACCUCUUGUACAAUGUCCUGGAGCGACCCAGAAACUGGGCUUUCACCUACCACGCCUUUGUGUUUGUCCUGGUCUUCAGCUGUUUGGUUCUGUCUGUACUUUCUACAAUCCCGGAGCACACCAUUCUCGCCUCACACUGUCUCUUCAUCUUGGAGUUUGUGGUGAUCGUGGUGUUCGGCCUGGAGUUCAUCAUCAGGAUCUGGGCAGCAGGCUGCUGUUGUCGGUAUCGUGGGUGGAUGGGGCGCAUUCGCUUUGUGAGGAAGCCGUUCUGUGUCAUUGAUAUUAUCGUUCUAAUUGCUUCCAUUGCAGUCAUUGCUGCUGGUACCCAGCGGAACAUAUUUGCCACAUCCGCCCUCCGAAGCCUCCGCUUCCUGCAGAUCCUUCGCAUGGUCAGAAUGGACCAUCGAGGGGGCACGUGGAAACUACUGGGAUCCGUGGUUUAUGCGCACAGUAAGGAGCUGAUUACAGCUUGGUACAUUGGCUUCCUGGUCCUGAUCUUCUCCUCAUUUCUUGUUUACUUGGUAGAGAAGGAUACGAAUGCUGAGUUUGCCACUUACGCCGAUGCUCUAUGGUGGGGCACAAUCACACUGACGACCAUUGGUUAUGGGGAUAAGACUCCCACCACAUGGCUCGGGAGGCUGCUGUCGGCUGGUUUUGCUCUCCUCGGGAUCUCCUUCUUUGCACUUCCCGCUGGUAUUCUUGGAUCAGGGUUUGCCUUAAAAGUUCAAGAGCAACAUCGGCAGAAGCACUUUGAGAAGAGAAGGAAUCCAGCAGCCAGCCUCAUUCAGUAUGUGUGGCAUAGCUAUGCGGCUGAUAAGAACUUGGUUUCCAUAGCAACCUGGAAGCCACAUUUUAAAGCUUUGCAUAUCUGCAGCCCUGCAAAAAAAGACCAAGGAGAAACUUUCAGCAGUAAGCUUUUUAAUAAUAAACAGAAGCUCUUCAGGAUAUACACCUCCAGGAAAUAUAGCCACAAAUUAAGUUUUAGGGAGCGUGUCCGAAUGACCAGCCCCAGGGGUCAAGGUGUAAAGGGCAGACAGGCCUCGCUAGCGACUGACCGCCGGUCACCCGGCAAUGAUCAAACCACAGAACGCAGUCCCAGCAAGGUGCAGAAGAGCUGGAGCUUCAACGAUCGGACUCGAUUCCGACCUUCGCUCCGUUAUAAGAGCUGUCAGUCGCGGGGAGCCUCAGACGAUGCUGCUGUGGGUACAGAUGAAGGUUUUGAUGAGAGAGGAGGUCACUGUGAGUUCUCCAUAGAGGAACUCACGCCGGUGCUCAAGACUGUGAUCAGGGCUAUCAGGAUUGUAAAGUUUCACGUUGCAAAGAAAAAGUUCAAAGAGACUCUACGUCCGUACGAUGUGAAGGAUGUGAUUGAGCAAUAUUCUGCUGGACACUUGGACAUGCUCUGUAGGAUCAAGAGCUUGCAGUCACGUGUGGAUCAUAUGCUUGGAAAAGGACAGCUCACAACAGACAAGCGAUCACGUGAGAAAGUCCCACCAGGUAUUAAUGUCACUGAUGAUCUCAGCAUGAUGGGACGGCUGGUAAAAGUUGAAAAACAGGUACAGUCCAUUGAAUCGAAGCUCGACUGCCUUCUGGAAAUCUACAGACAGUGUCUGCAAAAAGGCUCUGUCUCAGCACUGACACUCGCCUCACUACAGAUGCCUGUGUUUGAGUUUGAUCAGACAUCUGAUUACCAAAGUCCUGUAGAUGGGCCUGGCUCAGCACAGUUUAGUGGCUGCAUGUCGAGAUCUACAAGUACUAGGGGAUUACAGCAGAUCCUAUCACCAAAUGAUCCAAAUGCUCCCUCUUGUUGCACCGUCAGCCCAGUCAUGCAUGCUCAGGUUACUCCAAGAAGUGACAGUGAUGGACCUACAAUGUCCGCAGUAAAUCAAAUGGUUCAGUCUACCAAGAUGGCCGUGCCAACACGACAGCUGUCAUCCUUUCAGGACAUCUGCCGGGCAAGGCCUCUCCAGAUCAUUCCUGUCACCGCAGAGAGGAUUGGUUCUGAUGCCAUCUCCUGCCCUAUUACUGGUCAAGUGGCAGAAGCUAACCUCAUCCAGGAGACACCAUGGAGGAGAAGCCAGAGUGCGGAAAAUGAAUCCUUGAUCAAUGUUUGCUCACCGAUGGAAAAAACCUUAGAACACUCACUGUCUGUGCAAAAUCUGAUCCAAUCCACACACAAACUGAGGGUGCCGUUCACUGGCAGCGACCACAAGAUGAGUAACGAGCACUGCCCUGACUUGACAGACUCACAACUUUUGGUAAGAGAUCAGGAGAUUGGCACAGAGAUGCUCAAAGCCACCAUCUCACUGGGGGCUGGUGUAGUCAGAACCCCCCAGCACAUUGGGCGAACUGAGGAGCCAACAGGCCCCUUGAGCCUGUCUCACGUUCGACUAAAAUGA